GCUCCUGCUCACAUCUCAACAAUUGUUCUAACAAUGGCAACUGCUCCAUGUUCAGUGUUUGUGUCUGUGAAGAAGGCUUCUACGGCGUCAACUGCUCACAAGAUGAACCCCCUCUUGAACCUCCGGUCCUCGAAGCCUCGUCCAGCGGUGGUAUAGAAGACACAUCCGUUCCUGUGUUCUUGUCUGCCCACAUGGUUGGUAUCAACAGAACAGAUGACGUUACUUUAUCCAUUACCAUAUAUGGUGUGCCUGAUUCAUUUGUAUUCACCCGAGGCAUGCGCAGUAAAGACCAAGUCACACUACUGAAGCAACAAUUUGGUGACUUGUUCGUCACCCCAGCGAAAGACUUCUCAGGGAAUUUUACUGUGGACAUCGUUGCGCAAGCAGCACGAGGACGCGAAAAAACACAAACUAAGUCUUCAUUUACCAUUAAUGUUAAAGCUAAAGCCGACAUACCAAACCUCAUUACCGAAGACGCAUGCGCUAAUUUGACAGGGCUAAUACCGCUGCCCAUAAAAGCCUGGCUCAAUGAUAAUGACGGCUCAGAGAAACUGACAAUAACGUUGUCAGGGUUACCAAAUGAAUACCAGCUCAGCCGUCAAGGAAGACUAGUGAAUGGGACGCACUACUUAGAAACCGAUUCUCUUACCGGAUUGGUCGCUCGGUACGACGGAGUCUUUGAGCCUUUUGUCUUGAAGGUUGUUGCAACAUCUGUGGAAAAAUCGAAUGGAGACCGCGCGUCAGUCAUGAAAAUCAUCAACGUCACCAGUUGUAUUCUACAAUGGACUUGUGAGAAGAAUUGCUCAGAUCACGGGGUCUGUGUUGCACCAGACAAGUGCAGAUGUGAAGAGGGAUACACAGAACCAGAUUGUUCUCAAGAUUCUACUGUAAAUACAAAUCCCGGAGACGCAAAAAACUUGGCUGCUAUUGUAGGGGGCAGCGUAGGCGGUGUGAUAUUUCUUCUCUUGMUCGUUGCACUGGUUGCCAUGGCUUUACGAGCUCAUCAAAGUAAAAUCGAUAAAAAUGCCACAGCAAGAAACGUUUACAACAACCCAGCUUACGAGACCUAUUGUUAGUCGAAUCCCCGCAACCGAGGUCUGGGUAAUCAGCUAAGCACUCAAAUACACAAAAUAAUUGUUUUUAAAAGCCACAAUAUUUAUGGAUAAUUGGUACACUCUAUAAAAUCUAUCUAGUUGGGGCUAUGGGAGUUUCGAAGGGGGUCACAUUAUCUUG